CAUUCAGAGGCUCGAGGAGCGCGUCGGAACGCAGCGACUGUAGUUGUGUAGUCGUUGCGUGUGCGCAGACGCGGAACAGAGUGAAAGGGCAGCGAGGGACUUCACCUUGUUAGGUUUUCUUUUUCUUGUUUUUCUUUCUUUCUUUUUAACAGUAGAAGGAAGUUAACUCCUGGGAGAAAAACAGACUGGUUACAGGUCGGACCGGCUGAGUACCAGUAUCGCUCAUAUAUCCUCAUGCUUUUUUUAGACAAGUAAAUCCGGUUUCUGCAGCGGAUGUGAACUUAACUUUUUUUGCGGUGUGAGUCAGUUUGCGGAGAUUGUUGGUCCCACUCAGUGAUGUCUUCCCAGUGGUGGGAACAGUGGCGCGGGUUGUUCUCAAAUGACACGGCUGCCUCCGCUAGCUUCCUGGACAACACUACCUGCUUCAGCUCCAACCAGAGCACCGUCCUCACAGGACUCAACUUUGGAGGAGUCCCACUUGUUCUCCUGCUUGACUUCUGUGUCUUUAUUCUGUUGCUGGUCCUCUUCUCCAUCAUUAGGGAGAAGUUUUGGGACUAUGGUCGCUUAGCUCUGGUUGCAGACAGUGAAGGGUUCAAUGAGUCCACACAUCGUCGCUAUGGACGCAUGAAAUCUACUGUGUCCCUUGGAGAAGAGUAUGAAUCGGAAUUCUGCUCUUGGCUGCCCUACAUCCUCAGAAUGGAUGAAGAGAAGAUUAAAGAAAAAUGUGGCAUGGAUGCUGUUCACUACCUGUCCUUCCAACGUCAUCUGAUAAUCUUGCUGGUGAUCAUCACCAUCACCUCCCUUGCAAUCAUACUGCCUGUCAAUAUAACUGGAGACCUACUGAGAAAUGACCCUCAGAGUUUUGGAAGGACAACUAUUGGAAAUCUUAAAACUGGAAACAAUCUGUUAUGGCUGCACACAGUGUUUGCAGUCAUCUACCUGUCCCUGACGGUUGUACUGCUGCGACUUCACACAUCACAGAUGAAAGGCAUGGGCCGAGAGACAGCCAGAAACACCCUGUUUGUAUGUUCAAUCCCUAAAACAGCAACAGAGGAAGCUGUUAAGACCCACUUCACAGAAGCGUAUCCUACUUGUGAAGUUUGUGCCGUCACUCUGGGUUAUGAUGUGGCCAAACUCAUGCACCUUGAUAAGGAAAGGAUGCGAGCGGGAAAAAAUCUGCGUUAUUAUGAGCGUUCCUUUGAAAAAACAGGGGAACGGGAGCUGAUCAACCCUCGUUUCUGUGGCCACCUUUGUUGCUGCUCAAACUGUGAGAGGGUUGAUGCCAUAGAGUAUUACAUUGCUAAAGAAAGAAACCUGCUGGAAGAAGUGAGACGGCAGGCAGAAGUGGUGCCAGAGCACCCUCUGGGGAUUGCUUUUGUCACUCUACAGAGUGAGGCUAUGGCCAAGUACAUUCUGAAAGACUUCAACGCUCUAGAUUGCGGUGGGACAAGCUGUUGUUGCGGGAGGCAGCUCCAACCCUCGUCCAUGAGCAAAACUCUCAAAGUGAACAAGUGGCGGGUCAGCUUUGCACCACAUCCCAAAAGUGUGUAUUGGGAAAACCUUUCAGUGCGUGGUUUUUCCUGGUUUAUCCGGUGCGUGAUCAUAAACUUCUUCGUUUUCUUCCUGCUCACCUUCCUGACAACCCCCACCAUCAUUAUUAACACCAUAGACAAGUUCAACGUGACUAAACCUAUCUACUAUCUUAACAGUCCCAUCAUUAGCCAAUUCUUCCCAACUCUCCUGCUGUGGUCCUUCUCUGCUUUGCUGCCAACGAUAGUGUACUAUUCUACACUGGGAGAGGCGCACUGGAGCAGGUCCAGUGAGCAGCUGAGCAUGAUGCGCAAGUUGUACUUCUUCCUGCUCUUCAUGGUGCUUAUUCUUCCCUCUCUAGGCCUCACCAGCCUUGCAGUGUUUUUCCGCUGGCUGUUUGAUAAAGAGUUCCUCAAUGGUGGGAAACUAAGGUUUGAGUGUGUGUUUCUACCUGAUCAAGGAGCGUUUUUUGUCAACUACGUGAUCGCAGCCGCGCUGGUGGGCUCGGGAAUGGAGUUGUUGCGUUUGCCAGGAUUACUGCUUUACACCAUACGCAUGAUGCUCGCUCGCUCGGCAGCUGAAAGGAAAUAUGUCAAGGAGAAUCAAGCCUAUGAGUUUGAGUAUGGAGCCAUGUAUGGCUGGACCCUCUGUGUGUUUACGGUCAUCAUGGCUUACAGCAUCAUUUGUCCUAUAAUUGUGCCUUUUGGUCUCCUUUACAUGCUGCUCAAGCACCUGGUGGACAGACACAAUCUGUACUUUGCCUACUUGCCGACUCGCCUUGACCGCCAGGUCCACCUGGGAGCUGUGGAUCAAGCUCUAGCAGCACCCAUCAUCUGCCUGAUAUGGCUUUACUUCUUCUCUGUCCUCAGAGCAGGUUUUUGGACCGCUACAUCUUUAUUCACCUUGGUGGUCCUGUGUGUGACCGUCUUCAUCUGUGUCGGCUUCACCUGCUUUGGCCACUUUAAGUACCUUAGCCCACAUAACUAUGCGGUCACAGAAGAGGACGAGGACAAAGUAGAGGGAGUGGAAGAAAACACUAGGGUUUAUCUUCCCAGAGUGCUUAAUCCCAAAUCGCCCGCCAGUACCACACAUAAAUCUAACAAUCAACAGUCUUACGGAUCAUUAGAGUCAAGCCCUCGCAGCUUCAGUCCAGUGGAGAGCAGCAGAUCAGAACCUUGAGCGGGUUCUUCAACACUGAGUUGAACCUCUGAAGCUGAGAUCCUGAUUGUAAAUAUUCUUCCUUUACAAUUACGAAUGUAGAAUAUAUCCACAGGGAGUCCUUCUGAGGCCAUCAUUGUACUGUUUACUCAUUUUCCACCUUCCUUACUCUCUGCCAAAUUAUAAAAGUUAUUGGUGAAGAGAAAAUAUUUUAGAAUGCUGUAAACAGAAUUAAGCAUAUCAGGGUUUCUUUUUUUUACAUGUUUGAAUAGCCAUUUAGCACUUAAGCAGCAUCGCGAGGACACGUGCAUUUAGUGUUAUCUGUUACACAGUGAUGCGUUUCAGGCGUCUCUGACGUGGACCAAUUCACCAUAUAGUCUCUGACCGCAAUCAGCCACUGAAAUCAAGCCAUGAUGUUUGUUAAAAAACACAGGAAUUCCUUUCUUGCAUGAUCAAGCUUUAACCAAAGAUACCAAAGAGUUGGAAACAAGCACAAAUUGCUGUUUGUAGCUGUAUGUAGGUAGCAUCAGCCAUACUCCUUCACGUCACGAAAACUCUCCCUUGUGAAAUGGGUCUGAUACCCUUCCCUUAGCCAUUUGCAUCAAUACAGAAUAUGCCAAGACAAUCGCACAGGGGCUGUGUGCAACUUUUAUGUAAUGAUUCAUAGGAGAAUCUGAGAGUCUCAGAACCACCAGGAUGGAAACAGAAGUGCCAAUACUGUGAAACUGACAAGUCAUUCAAUGGUGCUCCUACUCCACUGUUUACCAUUUUGGAUGUGUGUUUAGUUGGUGGUGGUCUGGUUGUUGCUCUGCCUACGCACAUACUUGGUUUCUGUGAAUGGCUGUAUCCCUAUAUGGUGCUGUCCGGAUGCAGUUUCUGCAGUGUCAUCUGGUGUUGUACUCUGGAAAUCAAAGUCCAGGAAGGAGGAACCAGACUAAGUCCAGGAUAGUUGUGCAGACCAUUAUGUAGGCUCGUUUAAUCCAUUUUAGAUUCUUUCUACUGUGCCUUUUUUUUUUUAAUGUUAAAGCAGAACAUCUGCCAAGCAGGAAAAGGACAGUGAUGCACUUUUCGGAACUUGUUUACUAAAAAGAAAAGCUUUUUUUAUUUUGUAAUUAGACAGGAAAGCACAAACGCUUCUUUCUUUUUAAAGGUAUGGCAGGGGUUUGGAACUGAAGGUUUAUUUUUAUAUUUUUUCCUGUUGGAAGCCAUUAACUUUCCUGUUGUAUAAGGUCAGACAAUUAUGUUGUUGGCAAAUUGAUGAAUGACUGUUCUGAACGGGUCAACAAUUGAAUUUGAUUAUGUGUUUUGCAGCUUUUUAAAUGUGAGUUUUACAGAAUCCAGCCUUAAAGAUAAAAUAUUUUUCUUUUAAGAGUGUUUAUUGUUUUAACUUAAAUGUAAUUGUCUAUGUUAAAAGGAACACAGGCCUUUUCUUUGUAGAUGAUGAUAAAGACUUUAGUAUUAAAUCUGUCUGGAGCUUUAAACCCAAAUACAAAGAACAACUUCA